AUGCCCUACCAGCCCAACCCCAACUUCGAGCCGCAACCACAUAAGGACGAGGUCGACUACCCUGCAUGGGGACCUCCUAAUCGUUUCGCUCGGAGGCGUAGCCCGGUACAAUGUAGAAAUUGUACACGCUUGGGGCACACAAUUGCAAAAUGCAUGAUCCCAAGAUCCGAUGGCUACGUCCAUGGUUGUGCCUUAUGCAACACAUGGACUCACCAGACCGAUGACUGCCGAGGCCUUGAUAAAAUGCACAAAGACGACAUACUCGAUCUCUUUAUCUCCAACCGUGCCAACAUGCCGCCUCUGCUGGCGACCAAAUGUUGGUAUUUUAGCUUGUAUGUCUACAAGUACUUCAAGGGCCCUACGAUCGAGACCGGGUAUCCCUGGACACCAGAGUUUGGUAUCUCGGUAUUGAACACCCCAGACCUUCGAAUCUGGGCUACAGAUGCCAUGGAGCUCGGCGUCUUUUGGAUGAGGCCUGUUGAUCCACGGAUGAGUUCGUGGGAGAAGGUCCAGGAGACUCUUGGUGGAACUCGCCCUGACUUUCAAGAGCUGCUGCAGUGUCCUUGCUCCAAUUGUGAAGAGGAUCUUCGAGAGCUCGAAAGGAUCAUUCAGGAGCCACGAUACACCAUAACAUGA